AUGGAGCCGUCGUCGUCCAUCACGUUUGCGUCGUCGUCGUCGUACCUGUCCAACGGCUCCAGCCCCUGUUCCGUCGCGAUGCCGCCGCCGGGGCUGCCCCAGGCUCCCCCCUUGGCUGCUGGCGAGGGGUGGGGUGGUGGAGUCGCUGCCGCAGGGAGCGGAAGCAGCGUGGAGGCGGUGAGCCUGAACCGCCUCAGCAAGAACCUCGAGCGGCUGCUCCUCGACCCGGACCUAGACUGCAGCGACGCCGACGUCGAGGUGCCCGACGGCGGGCCGCCCGUACCCAUCCACCGCUGCAUACUUGCCGCCCGCAGCGACUUCUUCUACGACCUCUUCGCCGCGCGCGGCCGCGGUGGGGCAGCGCGCGGUGAUCCGACCGCCGGCGCCGGAGGAGCAGCGGAGGGGGCUGCCAGUGGAAGGCCGCGGUACAAGAUGGAGGAGCUCGUCCCCGGGGGUCGCGUGGGGCGCGAGGCCUUCCAGGCGUUUCUGGGGUACAUGUACACCGGCAAGCUCCGGCCGUCACCGGUCGACGUGGUCUCUUGUGCUGACCCAGUGUGCCCUCACGAUUCGUGCCCGCCGGCCAUCAGGUCCGCGGUCGAGCUCAUGUACGCGGCGUGUACCUUCAAGAUCCCCGAGCUCACCUCGCUCUUCCAGCGGCGGCUUCUUAACUUUGUAGACAAGACUCUAGUGGAGGAUGUCAUUCCUAUUUUGAAAGUUGCUUCCCACUCAGGGCUGACUCAAGUGAUUGACAAAUGUAUUCAAAGGAUUGCUAGAUCAGAUUUUGACGAUAUAUCUUUGGAUAAGGAGCUCCCUCCUGAAGCUGUUGAGGAGAUAAAAAUUUAUGCAAGAAAUGAUGCCAAUGCAUUACACUAUGCUGCUUCUUACUGUGAUUCUAAAGUUGUCUCAGAGCUAUUAGAUUUGGCGCUGGCUAACUUAAAUUUGAAGAAUAGCCGUGGAUACACAGCACUCCACUUGGCUGCUAUGAGGAGAGAACCAGCUAUCAUUAUGUGUCUCCUUAACAAAGGGGCAAAUGUAUCACAACUGACAGCUGAUGGCAGGAGCGCAAUUGGUAUUUGUCGGAGGUUAACAAGAUUAAAAGACUACAAUACAAAGAUGGAGCAGGGUCAAGAAUCAAAUAAAGAUAGGCUGUGUAUAGAUAUUCUAGAGAGGGAGAUGAUGCGAAAUCCUAUGGCGGUGGAAGAUGCUGUCACCUCGCCUUUAUUGGCAGAUGAUCUUCACAUGAAGCUUCUCUACCUGGAAAACAGAGUUGCAUUUGCUAGAUUGUUCUUUCCUGCUGAAGCCAAGGUCGCCAUGCAAAUUGCACAAGCAGACACCACAGAAGAAUUCGGCGGUAUAGUUGCAGCAAGUACUUCUGGUAAACUGAGGGAGGUCGACCUUAAUGAGACGCCAGUCACACAAAACAAAAGACUCCGUUCAAGGGUAGAUGCACUGAUGAAAACAGUGGAGCUGGGCCGUCGGUACUUCCCAAACUGCUCGCAGGUGCUGGACAAAUUCCUGGAGGACGACCUGCCGGACGGGCUGGACCAGUUCUACCUCCAGAGGGGCACCGCCGACGAGCAGAAGGUGAAGAGGAUGCGCUUCUGCGAGCUGAAGGAGGACGUGCUGAAGGCUUUUAGCAAGGACAAGGCGGACAGCAGCAUGUUCUCGGCCUGUCUUCGUCGUCGUCGUGCUCGCCACCCCAGAAAUCCGCCAAGAGGUGAUCAAGGGACUAGUUUUUGCCGAAUACUUGUUUGUAAUCACGGUCUUGGAGACCUGGACCCGGACAGCAUAUAG